CGCCCUGUAGCUUGCGCGAAGCGUCUGCCGACUCGAGACUUGGGCGCCAACUGCUAUUCCAAUCGCAACCGGGAACUGUGUUUGCAUCGAAAAUGGCGUCUAUUAUGCGAUCUUCCGUGCUGCGGCAGACGGCGCUGGCGGCGAAGCCUGCGUUCCGAAACAAUGCCGUCAAGGCUGCGGCUUUCCACAGCUCUGCCCAGCGCUCGGCCAUUCUGCCCCCCGGACCUCAGCGAAUUGAGGGAACAGUCAACGAUCCUGUCCCCAUCCCCAACCCCAGCGCCGUCGACGGCUCAUACCACUGGACCUUUGAGCGCCUCCUCGCCGCCGGCCUCGUGCCUCUCUCCAUUGCGCCCUUUGCCGCCGGCUCUCUCAACCCCACCACCGACGCCAUCCUGUGCUCCGCCGUCCUCCUGCACUCCCACAUCGGCUUCCAGUCCGUCGUCAUUGACUACAUUCCCAAGCGAACCUACCCGGGCCUGCGAAAGUUCUUCUGGUGGGGCCUGAACCUGGCAACUGUCACUGUUGGCGUUGGCUUGUACGAGUUUGAGACCAAUGACGUUGGCGUCACUGAGGCUAUCAAGAGAAUCUGGAAGGCAUAAGGUGGGAUAUCAAAGAGGGGGCAAAAAAGGAAAUGAAAGAAAUGAAAGAUGACUUCGACAUGUCUUAUAGCUGAUUUCAGGGAGUGAAUCAUUAGGUUGGAGGGCUGGUACUUUGUAACUGAUAUUAUGCGCCAUUUCGCCGAAGAAGGUUGUGAGCGCCUGUAUAGAAGUACUAUGAAAAAAGAAGCAAAUGUAUAACACUAUCGAUUCGAGUUU